AUGCGCAUGCAGACGGACCCUCCUGCUGGCGUGUCCGCCUCUCCCAUUCCCGACAACGUCAUGACCUGGAACGCAGUCAUCAUCGGACCGGCCGACACACCCUUUGAAGAUGGAACAUUUAGGCUCGUAAUGCAGUUCGAGGAGCAGUAUCCCAACAAGCCGCCACAAGUAAAAUUCAUCAGCCAAAUGUUCCACCCCAACGUUUACGCCACGGGCGAGCUCUGCCUCGACAUCCUGCAGAACAGAUGGAGCCCGACGUACGAUGUGGCCGCGGUUCUGACCAGCAUUCAAAGUUUACUCAACGACCCCAAUACCGGGUCGCCCGCCAACGUCGAAGCCUCGAACCUGUACAAAGACAACCGGAAGGAAUACACGAAGCGGGUCAGAGAGACGGUUGAGAAGAGCUGGGAGGACUAG